GCAGCCCUACUACAAUCUCGCUGUGAAAUCUCGCACACACACACACACACACACACUCUCUCUCUCUCUCACACACACACACACACACAAACACACAGUCAUCACAACAAGGGGACGAUGCUCCGGCUUUAGACGCAGUGCUCGCGCACGGUAACUGAGCCCCUGUGUGUGUUGACGGUCAUGAACGCGGUCUUCUGACUGAACAGGAGCGCAGUUUAGGUCCAAGAUGCCCGACUGCUGCGCCGCAGCCGAGUGUAAGCAGCGCUCUGAGCAGCACAACGUGUCGUUCUUCAGGUUCCCUCUGGACCCCGAGCGAUGUAAACAGUGGGUGGGGAACUGUCGCAGACCAGACCUGCAGACUAAAACCUCGGAGUACUUGCACAGAAACUUCAAACUGUGCUCAAGACACUUUGAGGCGUCUCUGAUACAGAAGGAAAGUGAACUCAGGACGGUUUUAAAGGACGGCGCCGUCCCGACCAUAUUCGAUUUUACGACCAAGAAGGGCAACGCGCAGAACAGCAACAGGAAAAGAAAGAUACAAGCUGCUGCAGUCGAUCCUGUGGAUGUAAAAAAGGUGAAAGACGAGGCCGCGCCGGAGACGGUGGCACAAAAUGUAAUCGAAGACUCGACGGAGAACGCUGUAGAACAGGAGCCUCCACCAGUCAGACCAGAGAAAGAGGAUCCUGCUACUGCCAAAGCUAAGGAGAUUCUGAAGAUCUACUUUAAGGAGACAUUAGCAUUCACUGGCUUCAACAUUGUCAACAAUGCCGGUGCCGCAAAGUCGAUGGGGGGCGGAGCUGUCGGGCCUCUCAUGGUCAACCCUAUUUGUGCGGAAAAGAUUGACUCCAAAGACGUGCUGAGACUCGGAGAGGACGUGAUGCGCCAGGAGAUCCGCAACACUUUACGCAUGGCUCGCUUCUUCUCCAUCCUUCUCCAGGAAAAAACAAACAUCGAAGGCAAGGAUCAGAUCCCGGUGUUCAUCCGAUCUGUCAGCAAUGACGGGUUUCCCCAGAAGCACCUGCUGGGGUUUCUGCCCUGCGACGUGGACUCGGACAGCCUAUAUCUCAUGCUCAUGUCCGAGAUCCGCAACAAGUGGGGACUCCGAAUGGAGCACUGUCGAGGAUUCACUUACCUGACGACAGGCAGCUUGUGCCAGAAGCUAAACGAGUUCUCCUGUCGCAUGCUCCGGGACUUCCCGCAGGUUGUCCUGGCUCCCAGCGACCCUUACGCGUUCAACAUGUGGCUGAUCCGCUCCUUGCCCGUCCUUUCUGUACAGGACGUCGUCGACACGGUAGAGGAAGUGGCCGUCGUCUUGAAGCAGUCCGAUACGCUUAGGAAAAAACUGCACACAAAGAUUACAGCGGCGUACAGUCAUAUCAAAGGUGAGGUGGAUCGCGUCAAGGAGUCUUGCCAGAACAACUGGGAAUAUGGCACGGAUGCUUUUCAGACAAUGUUGGACAUCCUGGAGCCUCUGCUGAACAGCAUUGGAGAGAUGUGCACCAGUGCGCUGUCGGAGGUGGACGCAACCGUCAUGGAACAACUGCUCAAGCUCAAGGAGAAGCUCAAGAAUUUCAACUUCAUCAUCACCCUGGUGAUCCUCAAGAACACACUGUGCUGUGUCAGCAUCCUCAACCCGAGCCUGAGGGGUAUCAUCAGCAUCAGCAGCACCUUGCAAUACACUAUCUCCAAUGCCUUAAAGCUGCUCAACAAGCACCUGCAGGAAAUCCCUAUAUUCCACAGGAAGUGGUUCUCUGAUGCUGUCGGCAGGGCCAAAAAGCUGGGCGUGUCGGUCACUCUGCCGGCGGACACGGCAGCGAACGGCCUCUCCGACGGCAAAACGCCGACCUCGCCGGAGGACUACUACAGGGAAACGCUAAGUAAAAUGGUCCUGCAAUACCUCAUCGACGAGGUGAAGCGAGUCCUAGGCAUCGAGAUGGUCCGAAUCCUAAGAUGGCUGUCUUUAGUGCCGUCCUACAUGGCCGACCACAAUUUCAGCAUUCGCAAAGACAAGGUGGCUGACGCGAACCUGAACAAUCUGGCUCGUCCGGACUCCUUCUACGAUGAACUGGGCUGCUGGGAAGUCAAAUGGAGGCAUGCGAGUAAACGCAGGAUCCUACCCACGGGGGUCUUUGCCACCUUAAAGAUCCCUGAUAUCGGAUUCUAUCCCAACGUGCAGAGUCUGCUGAGAGUCCUGGGUUCCAUCCCUUGCAUCAACGCAGACGCGGAAGUGUACGUGCAGUACGACAUGGUGUUGGACAGAUAUCGCUCCUACGUGAAGGCGAUGCCGGUAGACAAAAGACUGUGCAACAUGGCAUUCAUUUACGUUAAUCAGGACGUGCAUUUCAACAUCGACGACAUGGUGCAGUCGUACGUGGAAAGCCACCCGGACAUACUGCAGCUUCUCUGUAAGGAUGAUGUAAUGGAGGUUCAACCUUCAGCAACAGAGAACAGCACUAAUGAUGCCUCGAAGGAAGAUCUGGAGGAACCAAGAGAGAUUAUUUUGGAUAUGGAGUUGGGAAGGCCGAAACCCGAGUGUUCGGGGACUGAUAAAGAGGCGUUAAAAUCUGCGCUGAAGGCUGCGCUCACUGCAGCGUGUAACAGCCAGAACAGGCAGUUUCAGGGCGGCCCAGAGGGCGAGGUCGAAUAUGUGACCAAAUCUGAAAUGAACGAAGUUUUGAAAGUGUGCGCGGACGUCGUGAAGGAUGGGAUUCUCUGUGAAGCAGGAAAUUCUUUCUUCUCUCUCUUCAUCGAUCGAGUGGUAAAGUUUGGCGAGACCGAAUUCCUCCCGCUGUUCCUCCGGUUUGUAGACAGUUUCGAUGUCAUGCAUCUGGAGCUGAUGGGAUUCGUGGAAGCGAACCUCGAUACCGAGGCGAUGUGCGAGCGCCUGUUCGACAUCGUCGUCGAGGAAUGGCAUCUCGAUUUCAAAUACUGCAGAGGCCAGGCUUACAUGGGGUCCGGGGAAAUCUCGUACAAGCUCAAGGCCUUCGCAUGCAAAGUUCAGGAGAAGUAUCCUCUCGCAAUAUGCACCCACUGUUCCUGUUAUUCUUUUAACACGUGGUGGUCGAUGACGGUCCCGGUGCCCGCCAUCAGCAGAGCCCUAGAUAUACUUGAGAAGAUAGUGUUAUUUUUCAGCGGCUCACCUGAACUUGAAAAACAGCUGGACCAAGUCAUAGCUGUUGGUCUGCGCGAGAGCUACGAGAAGAUUCACGAGUUUCAAGGGAACUUCUGUUCCUCUUGGCAGGAGAAGCACGACUCCUACGAUGUCUUCUCUCAGAUAUUGGAACCUCUGGUCGAUUGUCUGGAGAGGUUCCAGAACAGCGGUCCGCUGACCUGGAGUUUAGCCGUCAUCAACCAAGCGAAGAAACUUCUACAACUGAUCCGAGACUUUGACUUCAUCGUGGCGAUAGUGGCUCUGAAGAACAUCUCGUCUUUCACCAGAGAACUUAGCGCAGCUUUGCAGAAAGACCAUUUCAGCGCCGCUUCACAGCUCUGCCAGAUCAGUGGCAUCGUAGCCACACUCAACCGACUCAAGACUAACAUUAAAGUCUUCCACCAGAACUGGUUCGAUGAAGCAUGUUCUUUUGCUCAGAACUUAGGGGUGCAGGUUAAAGUGCCUGAGAGCGUACCGUGUCCCCGGGACAGCCUGCUAAAACCAGGCGGGUACUACAAAGAUGCCAUCAGUGUCCCUUUGGUCGAUUACGUCAUUAACUCUGUCAAGGACCAUUUUUCAGACGACCACAAAGAGGCUCUCAAUUUCUUAUCUCUGGUCCCGUGUUCUGUAACCAUGAGCUACACUUUUGAAAGCCUGAAGUCGAAGCCUCCGUUGUACGUCGGCGACCUUCCGGAUCCGGACAACUUCUUCACAGAACUUUCUUGUUGGAAGGUUAAGUGGAAAACCAAAGUGGUUUCCCCGACGAUCCCGGACACUAUCUUUCAGACUCUCCGCCUGCCACUCAUGCAGUAUUUUGCCAACAUUAACACAUUGCUGAAGAUCAUGUCAGUGUUACCCAGCACCACGCUGGAGCACUGCGGAGAAGUAAAGCGGCACAAGAUGUUUCAGGACUACCUGAGGAGCACCUACGCUAAGGACAGGACUCCGUGUUUAGCCAUGCUUCAGGUGGGCAUAAACUUUAACAGAGAUCUGGACAGGAUGGUGACGCAGUGUUUGAAAGUAACCCCAAAGACACUGGAAGGCAUCUGCCUGGACAAAGAAGCAAAAACUCUGAGGAAUUCGGAGAUAAGAGCUGAAGACAACCACAACGAAGAGGAGAUGGAGGUUCAACUGGAAAGAUCUACUAAAAGGCUCCCAGACUUCAAUGAGUUAAAGGCAGAAGAUAACCGUACAGCUGCAUCCAACAAAAUGGAGACCCAGCAGGUUCCUGAAGUUCUACCUGCUGUACUGAUGGAGGAACUGCAAGCGAAGCCUUUAGAUGAGAACAGUCACUCUGACCAGCCUGUAGACAACCUUCAGCAGGUCUUCGUGGUGGCGGCCAGGCUGGCCCGGAAAAAAUGCCUGUUGUCUGAACUUCCCGAGGAAGAGCAAGACUCGGUCGUGCAAGAGCUUGGGAUGUGUCGGUGGGACCAGGAGAACACAAAGCAUUUUUCAGAUGUGCUGGACAAUAUUGUGAAGGCAAUGAGAAAAACAAUCCUUUCAGAAGUUCAAGAAUCUCCGUUUUUUUCCAUUAUUACUGACAAGCUGGUGUGUGCGGAUGACAAGAAGUACGUUCCUGUGUUUGUCCGGUAUGUUGACAAUUUCACUCCCAAAGUAGAGUUUUUAGGGUUCCUGCCCUUAGAUUCGAGCUCGGAUCCAGAUACCCAAGCUAAGACUCUAUCGAGCGUUCUCUCAGACGAGUGGGGACUCCAGAUGGGGUGCUGUCGUGGCCAGUCCUUCAUGUGUAUGGGUUUUGUGGGACAAGGACUGAGAAAGCUAUCUUUAGAUUUCCUGGAGAACUUUCCUCUGGCUGUGAACACACCAAGUGAAUCGUGUGGACUUGCUUACUGGCUAGCAGUAAGCCUUCAAAACGAUCCCAUCGUAAAGGUGCUUGGUGUAGUCGAGGACCUUCUGCUUUUCUUUGACCAGUCACCGAGACUGUACGUCGAGCUUUCUCAGACAAGGGAAGGUCUCUUGAACACGCCUCGUGAAGCCCUCGCAGAGGUCCCGGAAACGUGUUUGUCCAAGUGGAAAAAAAGAGAAGAUUUCUUUGACGUUUUGGUGGACAUGUUGGAGGGCGUCCUGACCUGUCUGGACUCUGUUAGCAACAACAGCGACGGUUCCUGGAGUAACAGCAUGUCGAUACAUGCGCUGAUGCUCUCCACAGCCAUCAGGGAAUCAGAUUUCGUUGUUUCUCUCGUAAUCCUGAAGAACGCCUGCUCUCCUCUACGGAAUUGCAGCACGGUGUUCCGCUGUGGCAAUCCGGCCGACAUCAUCUGUGAGCUGGAGAAGAUCCCUGUUAUUAUCGAGUCCCUCGUUAAGAUGUUAGAGAACAUCAGUGUGGUGAACAAUACCUGGUUCGAGGAGGCAACCCAGCUUGCUGCCAAAGUCGCCGGAGCUCUGUCGUAUCCGGACACGGUCAGCAGCUACGACACUCCGGAGGUGGGUUACAGAGAGACGGUCAGCCUACCUGUCUUGAGCGGUCUGAUCGAGGAAAUGAAGUUCAACUUUUCAGAGUGUCACUUGAAAGCCCUCAGGGUCCUUUCUCUGCUUCCCACGUGCAAUCCUCUGCCCAUUCUCGCAGAAGCACCGGAUAAGCUGUAUACUAUCUACCAAAGUGAUCUACCUGAACCAGAUGCAGCAGAGGAAGAAAUUAAUGCCUGGGCCACAGUAUGGCAAGAGAAGUAUCAGGACAGUUCACUGCCCACCUCAAUCUCAGAGACUCUGCACCACCCUGAAGCUAAGGGUCACCCCAAUGUGACUACUCUUCUGAGGCUUGUUGCCGUGCUGCCUAGCAUUAGCAUGGAGUGUGAUCUGAUGAAGACCACUCUUAACUCGUUGAGGAGCUUGAUCGGGAACGACUAUGAAGGUGCCGACAAGACCAACACUGUAAUGCUUCUUAUGCAUUAUCCCAUGCUGCGGACUUUGGAGCAAGUGAUCGACAAAUGUAUGGAACUUGAUGAAAAGAGCCACGGCUUUCUUGCUCCGGUAAAGGAGAAUCUCUGUGCUAUGAAAAUGGAGAGUGACGUCGAUGGGGUUUCCUCAGAGGAAAAGGCCAGUAUUACCACCUUCGGGGUUUCGGAGUUAAUAAACGGCACAGUUCCAGUCAUCGCACAAGACCAGCCCACAACGACCGUACAGUGCGACACUGAAGAGUUAAGCACUGAUCUGUUAGUUAGCACCACCGCUACUCCAAAGGACGGUGCCAUGGAAAUAACUGCUUCCAACGGACGAGCUGAGAUACAAGAAUCUUCAUCCAUCAGCACAACUGGUCAGUCAGCAGCAAGCCGCUCAAACGACACUGAAAUCGGUUCCUCCACCGUGACUGCACCUGACGUCACGUCAGUCGAACAGGAUGUUUCCGAAGAGCACAAGGCGACAGCUCCGGCUACAACCGCAGAGCUACAAAAUGGAAAUGUAAAGCUUCUAAAUGAGGUCAAAGCCCAAAAUAUCACCACACUGCUUACCACAGCAUCCCAGGAUGUCACCAUGGCGCUUGUAGAACUGGUAGAAUCAGAAGGGUCAGACCAGAGUGCAGAGCGAGUAACUGCAGAACCGAUCGCUGUAGCCGAGGAUGCCGCCAUGGAAGUCAUGGCGGUGGCACCGGAUGCUGUCACACAGCCAGAAAUGGAAGCCCGGGGAGUCGCUAUAGAGCCGUUAGCAUCGGCACAGGAUGUCAUUCCAGAUCUAGGUACAGCAGAGGAUGUCUCCAUGGAGCCUGGAAUUGGAGAGACAUCCAAGGAUGUCAUUACUGAGCAAAGUGUCAACAUAGAGCCUGGAUCUGAAGUGGCAGCUCAGGUCGCUUCCACAGAGUCUGUUACGGUAUUUCAGGAUGUCCCGAAAGAUGAGGUCACUGCACAGCCUGUUAGAGGAGACAAAGAUGUUGCUAUUGAACAUGAAGCAGUAGAACAAGGUGUCCUGAGCAUGGCAGCUGAAAAUGACAUCACUGAACCUGUUGCAGAUGCAGCGGAUGUCACCGAGAGUGUGUUCACAGAAUCUGCACUCCAGGGUGUCGCUGACAAAGAUGGUGCCAGUCAUGGUGCCAGUUCAAACCCAAUUGCGGUACCCCAUGAGAUCACCAAGGAACUUGUUACAACUGGACAAGAUGGCACUUCAAAAAAUGAAGCCCAGUUAAUCCAGGGAAUCACCAUAGAGCCACCUCAGAUCGCCAGAGCAGCACAGUGUGUCACCACAGAGCCUGUAACAGCAGCCCAAAGCAUGACCACUGAGCCAGAUCUAGCAGGACAGGAUCUCCCCAAAGAAUGUGAUUCGGCAGUAGCACAGUCUUCAGCAGUGGUCCAUAAUAAAGCCUCAGAUAACAGAACAGGGUCUGAAGCCUCAACAAUGCAACCCCAAACAAUUCAAGUAGACUCCCCAAGUAAUGACCCCACAACAGCCCUGGAAGUGACUGUGAAAACAGUAACAUUACCUCAGGAUAUAAGCAGUGAAACCAACACAGCUCAGGGUGUCUCGGUUCUGACUGCAGCAGAGGACCAGAAAUCUUCCAGUGCCGAUGUACAGGACGUCACCACACAACCUGUGACAACAGGAAAUGACGUUACCUUGGAUGACCAGCGUGGCCCUAAAGAAUCAAAAACAACAUCGCCAGAUGCUACAAAUUGCACAGCAACAGUGCAGUGUGUGGAGUCUGUUACAGCUGAGCAAGCGGUCACCACACAGCACGUCCCAGCAGCCGAGGAUGUUGCUAUGGAUACCACUGAGUCAGAUAAUGGUGUUGCGACAGACAAGAGCACAGGUCCUACAGAGUCAACAGCUGAACAUGUCCCCAUGGAGUGUGAUGCAGCAUCAGAAAAAGAACCUGCAGGUACAGUGCAGGACAUUGUGAUGGAGAGCCAAGAUGAACCCAAAGAAAUGGCCCAUAAUAUCACCACGGAACCCAUCACAGAAAUCAAGGAUGCACCCGUGGAUCGUAUUGAAGAUGUCAAAGCAGAAACUGAAGAUACUGGCCUAAAGGUUGACGCUCAAGAUGUUGCCGAUCAGGCAGUGGCACCAGCUCAGAAUGGGACUUCCCAGUCCAAAGUACCUGCUUCGGAUGUCGUAGGUAAGGCCGUACCUGCUAAUAAAGUCAGCACUGUGCAGACUGCCACGGGCGACGCAAACAGCCUCGCAGAAGUGGAAGUCAAGCAUAAAACUGCUGAAGAAGAUCUCGAUCAACCCUAUGCAAUAGCUCAAGAUGGCACUGAUCCCUCCAAAGAAGUAGCACAAGCAACGGGUGAAGAUAGCACUGAACCCCACAAGGGGGUCUUGUCAUUCUACAGCAGCCCUACUCAAGAGGCUUUUUUCAGUGAAAUUCAAAAUGCAAAGUUCUUUUCUAUUGUUUGUGAACAGCAAAUAGAGAUAGAAGGACAUACGUAUAUCCCCAUAGGAAUCUGUUACUUGCAGAAACACAAGACGCCAUGCGAGGACGUAUUGGCUUACGUCCCACUUGACCAAGACAUUGUCGCUUUUGUGGAUUCUAUGACAGCAGCUCUGUCUGAGAAGUGGGGCUUGAACUUGGCCUUCUGUCGGGGACAAAGCCUGCUGACUGUAGGUGCUGCAGGGGCACAAGUGAGAGCGGCGGCGACGUUGUUGUCUCAGAGGUACCCGAAAGCCAUACGCACUUUCAGCUCCACCGUAUCCCUAAACACAUGGCUGGCCAAAUCGUGUAUCAUCUCCGAGAUAGCAGACAGCUUCACCUGGGUGGAGAGGAUGCUCCAGUGGGUGACUGAGGAUGAGGAGAAACGGGCUGUAUUACACAAAAUGGUCGCUUCCCUGUUUCAACACAAUGCGGUGAAGCACAGUGACCUGACUGAUCGGCUGAGCAGGAGCCAAUGGGAGAGGUGCCACGACACACUGGACCUUACCGUAGAAAUCCUGGAAGCCAUCAUGCUCACUUUGAACGAUAUAAAGGAUAAUCAUGACAUCCAGACAGAAAAAACACAGGCUGGUGACUUUCUCAUCAUUCUGCAGAACUUUGAGUUCAUCUUGACGCUCGUAAUCAUGAAAAACGUCUUGGGUCCGACAAAAAGUUUAAGCCAGAAUCUCCAGGGCCAGCCUCUGGAUGUGUAUCAAGCUGUGAGCAGUCUGUCGGAAGUACUUACUUCACUGAGCGAUAUGAAAGCCAACAUUGACACUCACCUUCAAACCUGGUACCAAGAAGCCGUCGAGUUCGCUUCCAAGUUGCUGAUCAGCGUGGACAAUACUUCACAAGAGUGUUUGAUCAUUUACUGUAGAGAUAUCAUCAGCAAAGGAGCGAUCGAUCACUCCAUUUGCGAGAUCUCCGAGCUUUGCUCAGACCGCGCUUUGUCAGCCGUGCGCUGCAUGCAGGUUGUGCCUUACGUCAUAUCCAAAAAGGAAGGAUGCUGCACGGACACUGAGGUCUUCAAGGUGUACCAGGACGAUCUCCCAGAUUCAAGUUCUCUGCAGGUGGAGCUCCUGAAGUGGCGCGAAAGGUGGUCGGGGUCCGACGAACAGCCUCUUCCUGCUGGUCUUCUAGACACGCUCAAUUCCACAGAUGCAGAAUCCUUCCCUAACAUCGAGACUCUUCUCAGGCUUCUCGUGAUCUUGCCCUGUUUCAGAAAAGAGGAUUUGAUCAGACAAGGAAAGAAGAGUCUCAUUGAGUUCAACCACCAGAGAUCUUUACUCGAGCUGUAUCCUUUAUAGAGUGGUAACCGUUACCCUGUCAACUGCCCCUGAAACUAGCUUUCCAUUAAUUAGGGUGUUGUAUACUGCUGAAAUCCUCAGUGUUUUACUUCCUGUAUCCUGGUUACAGCUGAUCAAAUUUGAGCGUAGGUUUCAGUUAAGGGUUUUUGGUUUUGUUUUAAUUAGAGAUCUAAUUAGACCUGUACACUUUCAGUAUAAUCUAAUCGUUUUAUUAGUUUUCGUUGUCUUAUUUUUAUCUCGUGUGUGUGAUGUGGACUAAGAAAGAGGACUGCCUACAGGGACCAAUGUCUUGCCAAAAAAAAAAAAAAAAAAAAAAAAAGCAGAAAAAGGAAGAAAAAUAAAUGCCCUAGCCAGGGCUCUAAUGCUUUGUGCCUUUAUGCAAAACCUUACCCUGACUCUUGGAACAUAAGGACUAAGUUUGUCUGCAAGAAUGCUUUCAAGCCAAGCUUUUUGGAAGCUUCCCAGCAUCUUCAGGAACUUUUACAAUUUUUUUUUUUUUUUUUUUAAAUCCUGUAAAUCCUAUAAAAAUAAAUAACGAUCCAGACUUGUUCAGUCCAGUUACGCUCAUUUAGUCAAAUAACCUGUGGGUUUUAAAUCACCUGAAUCAUGUCACGGUCGUCCACACAGCACAAAUGCUGAAAUGCUACUUUCCAUUAUGUGUCAAAAACAAGUUUCAUUUGUUCGCAGUUCGACUUGGAUGCAUUGGUUUCUGUAAACACUUUCUCCAAAAAAUCCUUCGUAUGAAACAAAGGAUUCAAAUAUAUAUAUAUUUGACUAAAAUAAAUAAAAAUGAUUUAAAUGAAA